UUUACUAAUAUCAGAGAAGCCGCAUAAACAUACGUAUGCAAGCCAAGCUUCUAUUAUCAAUCGCUCACAUAAAGGUUAACAUUUGUUUUUUUUACACAUUGCUUGGCCACAUCGCUGACGCAGACUGACCAACAGAUAAACAAUACAGUUAGGAGCUGUUAAUUAAUAUUAACAAAACAUUUAAAAUGCGCAAGACAUGGGUAAAACGCGAGAAUAUUUAUUACAAGCCGUUCUACAAGGACAAAUCCAAAAUGUUUUUUCUGUUAAUUUUUUUGGUUGGAAUCUCAUUCAUUGCAUAUCAGGCCUUCUCGCUGAAUCAGUUGCCCAGCGUUCAGCAGCUGCGACUCAAGCACAAACAAAUGAUGCAGUCUCUGGGCAGCAAACAGCUGGAUGUGGACGACUUUGAUGGCGGAGGCGGUGCCGGUGCCGGAUGGGGUCUCAAUCUAGCUGUGCCUGCAACCCAAGAUGCAGACGCUAUUAAGAUUAUACGCGGCAUACGGCUCUUCGACUAUGAUGCCUACAAGCCCAAUUAUAAAGGCAACUUCAAGUGCCUGGAUGGUAGCAAGGAGAUUCCGUUUGACCAUCUCAAUGACAACUAUUGCGACUGUGAUGCUGAUGGCAGCGAUGAGCCGAGCACGAAUGCCUGCGCCAAUGGGCGUUUUUAUUGCAAAUACCAAAAAAGACAUAUCACGGGACGUGGCCUGGACGUCUGGGUCUGGGCGUCCCGGGUGAACGACAACGUUUGUGAUUGCUGCGAUGGCAGCGACGAGUGGACGACACAUGCCAAGUGCCAAAAUAAUUGUGCGUAGCUUUUCUUAGGUGCAGCUAAGCAGACCACCGGGCGCAGAACUCCACUUCUAUCUCAUACGCAUCUCAAAGAUUACUCUGUUAGUGUUAAAAUCGCAUCACAAAACAUAUUUUUUGUAGAACAUUUUUGAUUACGAUUACGAUAAACUUGUAAUUUAUUAAAAAAAAGAAAAAAAAAAAAUAAAAAAGAACUAGGCGGUAUGUUUAAGUAGAUUGAAUAAAAACACAUUAAUCGUAAAAAUGUAACUGCCCAAUAUUAUCUAACAUUAUGAACAAUCGAGACUUCUUGGUUGCAAUAGUUUCUGCUGGUUGACAUGGUCCAAAACCCGUAGUUCAUUUUAACCCCCAUUUAAGGCUUUCGCACGUUUGCUUAUGCUUAAUUUCAUUUAUUGCUAGACUCGCAAGAAUCAGAAGCCAGUUUUACAUAGAACUCUAUAUUUAUAAUGAAGAAAAUUCCUAGCACAAUUCAAUGCUUUCUUUAUCAACAUUAUCAUUUAAUAUGUCUUCAUUUUUGGUUUAAAAUUCGCAGCAUAUUUACUUUACUUUCAAGCCAUAUAAUUUUUACUGACAAUUUUGAACUGCAAAUUCUAAAAGGUACGAAACGGUUGUUAUUAGAUUAAUAGCGAUAUUUUAGUUAAAGUAUGUAAUCACUGUGUAUGCUAAGUUUAGGAGGGUGUAUGCAUUUAUCUGUUAUAUAAGUGGUAACCGGGAUUUAAUGGUUGUUUUUAAUUGAAUUUUAUUUAUGUUUGUGUUGUUAAGGAACGUUUUUGUUAUUUUAGAAUUGUUGUUUAUUUUCAUUGAGAUGGGCUACUAAGAAUUCCGUAGUACAAAGUUCAACUACGUACACAAUACAUAGAGCAAAAUCGUUUUUGUAAUCUUACAAAAUUCAUUAAAUAAAGUACAAUAAAGGCAUUACUACUAAGAUUAAUUGAAUUUGUAAGCCUAUGUGUUUUAAGGUUUUUGGAACUUAAGUUAUUCUUACUUAACGCUAAGUAAUACUUAAUCAGAGUUUUUCUUUUCUUUUCUUUUCUAUAUUUAAUAUUGUUUAGAUACUGCGGCUCUAUGUUUGCGUGGAUAAAUUUUUACUUUCAUAUAAAUUCCUCUUGAUUGAAAAGUCCAAAUAUGAUUUAAAUACGUGCGCAUUCCAAAUAAGAAGAGUGGUGAAAAAAUUGCAUAUACGAAAUUACAAAAGAGAUGUAUUAUUGCACUGACGAGAUUUUAUGCUUAAGCUUUCGACAAUAUGAGAAGGGGAUAUGUAUAAGACAAAAAAAAUGUAUAUAAUAAAAAAAUAAAUAAA